UGUCUUUAAGCGGCCGUUUGCGUCUAGUGAGUGGCUCACAACUCAAAUCAAAUGUAUUGCAACAGUUGUAUUAUGCCAUUGUUUGCGCUGAUGUGAAGUAAACGGUUCUGCAUCUGCAUGGUUGUGUGCGCAAACAAACGUGGUCGUGACACGGUUUGCUAACGUUAGCUGUUCGCUGAGCAACUUGCUACUGACCAGUAAGCGCACGCUGUUGGGAGAUGGGGAAAAAUCGCAAGAAUGGAAUGAGAGCAGCUCAACCUCAAAGACCUGGACCACAACAAGGCAUGCGGCCCCCAGCGCCUCCUCGCGGUCCUGCUCCCGUUUUCCCGAUGGGCCCCCCUGGACAGAGGUUCCCUGCGCCCCAUCGCGACUUCGGGCCGCAGCCCCCCAGGAUGAGGAUGAGGAUGAUGGACGACAGGGAAGGAGAUCGAGGGUUUAUGCACGAUGGGCCUUAUCACCCGAUGGAUAUUCCAGACAGACAUGAAUUUCGCCCGCGUUUUGAUGGACCUGAUCCAGGUUUCCAUCAUCCAGAGUUUGGGAACAGACCAGCAGCACCGCGCUUUUACCAUCCAGAGCUUGAAUAUGGACCGCGUUUCCGUUCUCCGGAGUUUUGUGACAGACCUCCAGACUUCUGUCCGCCUGAGUUUAGGGGAAGACCCGCGAGCUUCCACCCGGCUGAGUUUGAAGGUGGGCCAGGUUUCCACAGGAUGAACCCUGGAUUCGACCAAAUGGAGCAAUAUGGUUUAAGAGACCCUCAUUACAUGCCACAGAUGGAUCCACAUGACAACGUCAAGGAGGCUAACCCUGGCUGUAUCAGAACCAUCAUCUCUAAGGAUCCCAUUAAAUUGACCUUUGGAAAGGUGGACUCCAAUGUGACUCUGCUGCUGUAUGAUCGUGUGGAGUUCCAGUUGCUGACAAAUGUUAUUACUAAGGAGCAAAGAGCCACAAACAUCAAACCAAAAACACCUGACACUUUUCAGCUCACCAAAGAAGUCAGGGAGACGGGUGUGAUUAUUAAUAAGAGCGAUGGAACAGUGACCAUCAUGACAGAGAAACAUGAUAGCCUGACGGCCUCUGCCACUGACAAUUUAACAGAUGAAGAGCUGAAUGUCUCGGAUGACGUGGAACUAACCAUUUUGACUGUGAACGAGACAAAGAAGGCCGUCCGACUCAAAAAGCUGCCUAAGACCUUUAAUCAAAAAGCAAAAGGCAAUGAAAAUAUCACCGGCGCAAAGGACAAUACAUCUGGCACUACCCCUGUCAAAGACAAGUGGAAGCCCGUGACUUCAGAAGCUGGUUCUCAAGAUUUGGACGUAAGCAGUGAGAUAUACGAGGGGACCAUUACCAAAAUCGCCCCAAAGAAAAGCCAAAGUCAAGAAAAAGUGAUGGACAAUCAAGAGCUCACUUUGGGUCUUCUGGUCACCACAGUGGAGGGCACAGAGAAGCGCUUAUCUUUUAGGUCGGGUGACGUGAUCACAAAAGCCACCAUGAUGGUUGAUGACAAGGUCCAGUUCAACAUUUGUACCAACAGUGUAACUAAGGAGGAGUGUGCCGUCAACGUCGAGAUCCUGCCAGAAACUUUCCAGACAGACUCUGAAGAGCAGCGCAAGAUAGGGCUUGUUGUCAAGCUGGAUGAUAAUUUUGGGUUCAUCAAGACACAACAGGACCCGCAGCUAUUUUUUGACACAAGUGAGGUUAUGGAGGACACCAAACUCACUUUGUCUGAGAAGGUUGAAUUUACGUUAGUACCGAGUCAAGCAGCUGAAGGGGGAAAACAAGCUGUUAGAAUAAGAAGGCUGAAUGAAAACGUCUUCACAUCUGCACCAAAAUUAGAGGCAUUUGGAGUAAAAGAGAAGAAGAAAAUGACUAUCAAAUUGCUGAAGGAUCCGAAAGACCAAAUCAAGGAGGUGGUCAAAACAGAGGACAAAGUCAGUGAAUCAGUGGAUGUAGACAAGCCAAACAAGGGAAAAGACAAGACUUUACCAUAUAUGUUAUCUGCAAAAGAUCUGAAGAAGGAAAGUGUCAUUAAACAAGAAAGCACUAAAGGUGAUAGAGUACGGAGCAGAAGCAGGGAGAAUAGUCGACGUCGGUAUAGUCGGAGCAGAAGCAGAGAAAGUGGUCGACGCAGAUAUAGUCGCAGCAGGAGCCGGAGCCGAGAGAAAAGUAGGAGCUACUACAGAAGGCACAGAAGUUCCAGCCGUGAGAGGAGGGACAGCCGAUACAGAAUCAAACGCAGCCGCAGUCGGAGCAAAGAGCGCGAAGAGAGAUCUCGACGGAGUCGCAGCAGAAGCAGAGAAAGGAGCAGUCAGAGUGCUAGGAAGAGAAGCCGCAGCCCUGCCGACAAAUAUGAUCACUAUGCGAAACAAAGCAGAAUUAAAGAUCCAAGCGACAAAAAGAAAGUUAAAAGCCCUGACAGUGUAGAGGAUGAACUAUUGAGAAAAAGGAGAGAGCUAAUGGAACUCAACGAGCUGAUUGCACGUAAGAAAGCUAUUGUUGCUAUGGAGCACAAUGCAAAGAAAAUUGAACCUGAGGAUGGAAAAAGUGGAGUUACAACAUUUGAUUAUGAGCAUGUGCAUCGUGAAAACAUUUGGAUGCCUGACCUAAAACCAGUGAAGUCCAUCUUGAAGAAACAGUCUGAACCUCACACGGAUUCUCAAUCUCAGGCGUCUGCAAGCAAGGAAACUGCUGCUCCUUUUGUAAAGAGUGAAAGUCAAGAGAUGCAAAUAGGAUACCACCAUCAGACUUGCGCUUUUGGCUCAAAUACGCCUGGCUACUCAACAUUUAAAUGUAUUGCUGAGAGGACUUUGACCACUGCAGGGUCUGAAAAGACAUCUCUAACUCAGAUUCAGGAUCCAAAAUUGGUGAGAAAAAAGAAGCAAUUAGAAGAUCUCAGUGAGUCAAUAGCACGCAAAAGAGCGAUAAUUGCCUUGGAACAGAAGGUCAAAGUUGUUCGGGGAAUGCCUGAAAUGGAAGCAGAAUACAAGUUUGACUCGCACACAGAGGACCAAUUUGUAAUGUCUAAAGGGAACUUAUGGAGCUCCGAGAUAAAACCUGAUAUUCAACCGAAAAAGUCAAUUUUGAAGAAACGCUCAGAGAUUGUAACAUCUCAGAGUGACAAAACCUCAGUUGAUGAAUAUGGUCAACCAAGUCAGGAUGAUUCUUCCUUUACAAAACCGACUUCUCAGAAGACCGCAACUUUGCCAUUGAACAGGUCUUCAAAUCCACAACCCAUUCAUCCCGGUAUGUUGGGAUUAUUCAGCCGGAUCAUGAAUGCUUCUUCAGCAGCCUCACAAAUGACUGAAACACCCCCUUUUAACAAGCCAGUUAUCCCACAGUCACUCACUAAGGCGUCUAGUUCAAGGUCUUUGCAUGACCAGAAAUCUUCCAGUCUGUCUAAAGGUAGCAAUUCUCAGAAUGACCAACACCGGGCAUCAUCUCGCCUGCCUCAUGACCAUCCCCUGAGCAGUAACCCUUCUACGAGUCAGACUUCAACAUCAGAUCCAAAGCGCAAUCUUUCAACUCAAAUGGAGCGCUUCCUUAGUGCUCUCAACAAGGCUGACACCAGUGUUGUUAACUCUUUAUUUCAAGAGGCUAGAAAGGAUCUGACUUUAAUAAACGCCCAGAAACCCACUCAACUACAAUUAGAUAGAAACAUACCCUUCAUGGAUGAGAUAUAUGAUCCUUUUAAAGACGAGGAUGGCUAUGACCAGCCUUCCCUAAUAGGAAAACAAUCUGGCCAAGAACGAGUGAAGACUGAAACCCGUUUGAAUGACCCCAGCAAAGAUGACCUCCUGCCUCAUGAAAGAGCUGUUCAGGAUGGUAGUGGCUUUUCUCAGCUUGUUGGAAUGAAGUAUGGUGUAGACCCUACUGCAAAAGCUGAGAAGAAGAGUCCAUAUGGGUAUCCGAUGGUGUCAGAAAGCUGGAGUGCCCAUAAAGAGGAUCCAAAUCAGUUCUCUGAGCAGUGGAAUCAGUAUGAACAGGACACUGAUUUGUAUGCAACAGAACACAAACAUUACACAGAUGAACGCAGUGUAUAUCGGGAGCGUAGUCCAUCUGUUGAGUACCAGAAUGUCAGUCCAAAUGUUCAGCACUCUUACAUAGAGGACAGAGAGAUGCCUGAUAGUAAGUUUGACAAAAGCUUAGUUCGUCAGGAGUCUGAAGAAAGCAGUGAAGAUAAAAACAGAAAGUCAGAGAACUUUGAAAAAAUUCAGAGUCUUCUUCAAACGAUCGGACUUCAUCUAGACACAGCAGAGGUUAGCAAAUUAGCAGACAGGACGCAAGAGCGGUUGUAUGGUAAGACAAAAAAACCUCAUAGUGCGCCUACUCACUCCUUUGAACAAAAAAGGGAGCAAUCAGUGAGUCAACCUGAGCAAAGGGGUAGUGGUAGUAGGGCAGAUUCCUCAGACUCUGAAGGCUUCCGAUCUGUAUCCCCAGCUCAGUCCUCAAAUCGUAAGGUUUACAUGAGUUAUAAGGACUCUGUAAAAUACAAAGACCAGCACAAAGUGGAAGAUGUAGACCUAACUAGCAUUAAGAGAACUGUAGUGAAUUUGAUACCAGCAACCAACGAACAAGAUCCUUGCGAACCCGAGCCGACCGCAGUUUCUAAAGCUUCAUACCAACCAAUGACCAUUGUAACCACAGUUCAGCCUGCCACUUCCCAGUAUGCCCAAAAUUCCACCGUUUCCACCUUUUCAGCUUCACAAUAUUCGCAAUAUCAAAGUAGUGAUCAACAUGUUUGGGGUUCUGUGGCCCCUGGUCUGUACCCUUAUGGCACUUUACCUCCAUCCCCUUAUGGUAUGGGUCACCAAGCUAUGGUGCCACAUAUGAUGUCUGCUUAUAGUUCAUACACUGCACAAAUGGCCAGUCCAUAUUAUGGACCUCCUCCACUCUCCAUGCCACAUCCCUAUGGUCCUCCACCUAUCCCCAACCCUCUCCACUUCUCCACAAUGGCCUCUGCUUACUGUACCCAAGCGGCUAGUCAAAUCCCAAAUGAAUCUAUAAAAACAAAGCCUGUUAGGUGCCUCAAAACAAUAGAAACAGUCCAAACAGUUCCAACAGAUAAAGCAGGGCCUGCCAGCACACUUGUUACCAUACAACCUAAAGAGGACAGUAAAGAAAAACAAACUUCGGAGGAAGCCAAGAACAUACAGGUUGCUACCAUAACAGAAGAUGACAUCAAGGCUAAGCAGAAGAAACGGCUUGAACAGUUUAACCAGAGAAUGAAGCUGAAGAAAGAGCAGCAAAUGGAAGCCCAGCGUUCACGUGGACAAAAUCGGAAUUCAGCUCCAGGUAUUAUUAUUUUCAGAGUCUUUAGGUUCAGGCAUUUAUUGGCUUCAGGUGCAAUUGCCUGUUUAGUUUGCUUAUUCCUUUACCUUGCAAACAGGAUUAUUGCCAAAAUUUUACAAUCUUUGUUUCCAAGAAAAAAGUGAUUCAGUUAGCUCUCAGAUCAUAAUAGGGACGAUAGGGAUCAUGAUUUAGCUUUAGAAAGAAACCUAGUCCUUUGUCACGAGAUGAGGAAACAGCAUUUUAGGAUUAAUGGGUUAUUUUUGAAUAGCAGACCUUGAAAUUAGAAUCUAGAUUAAUUUGUGAAGACAGUGGUAAUAGUUUUUAAAUUGUGAUUGUAUGUUUUAAAGUAUUACAUUUAUUAGAGAGCAAGCUCGAAACUUACGCAUGUCUGCACUGGAUGUGUAAAACUUGGGUUUCAUUAAAAGUAGAUUUGUUGCAAUAUGUUCAGUGGUGCGGUCUACACAACGAAAGUGUCCAUUACUGUAUCUACAGCAUUACAGUAUUUUCCAUUGACAUUGUCCCGUUUCUUCUCCUUUGACAUAUUGUAGGUCUGUUCCUGACACUAUCUUUUUCACUUUAUUUAAAAUGUCAUUAUAGUGUCUGUAUGUUCAGACAUACAUUGGAGAUCAAAAUUACAGAACAAGCUAUAAAUACUUGAUUUUUGAUUUUCUGAAAUAUUGUUAAUCUUCAUCGCUCAAAAUUUGUAGGAAUAUUAGCUUUAGGUAUACCACUGUUCUACUAACGUUUGACAAUAUAAUUUUUUAACAAUUUUUCCCCCGCAAUUUUUA